CGCGCACGGAGAUCUGACAGGUGGCGCGAGAUUCGACACCAUCAACAUGUCGCUAGGAAGCUUUCGUGUGUCGUUGGGAACACUAACCGUGAUCUGUUUGUUGAAGGAAAUUGCAUCCACUAAUAUUUCCACCAGUUUAUCUGAGCCUGCAGAUGUAGUCUCCGUAACAACCCAGAAAGUCUCCGUAACAACCCAGAAAGUGACGUGUUACCAACAUGGGGAUGCAGAAACAGAUGCAGAUGGGAAACCAGUUCUGUUUUAUUUGUUCCUCCUGCUGCUGCUGGUACCAGUUGCCAUUGCAACCUACAUGUGUACAAAGAAGAGAAAGAGACACCGAGAUAAGGACCGGGAUUCAGAAUUGGCUUUUCAAAGAUUUCAGAGGAAGCAUUUUCACCAAGGAACAAAAAAUGGAAGAAGAAUCAAAAUAGAGGUGUCGCCACCAUCAGAAGAUGAAGGCGGUCAUCGCAAUCGGCGACAUUAUAGCCGAAGACGUAUGCAUACAACGCCCUCUGGUGACUACGAUCUUAUUACAAAUCGGGAUCAUGACUUCCAUGUUUACAGAGUUAUGAAGAAUGCAAAGAAUUGUCAUCGUUGUAGUGCAGCUUCUGCAGAGUCUGUGUUCCUGAAUGACACAACCCUGGGUACACCAACUUACAUGUGUUCUCGGCCCCAGCGCCGUUCCAGUCAGCCGAGCAAUGGCCACUUGUUGAUGGUUCCCUCUUGUGGACCUGGGGGGUCAAGCCGCUGUGCCUCCUAUCUCAGUUUUCAGAGCGCCCAGGAAUCAGACACCCAGGAUACAGAUAUGUCUCGCAGUCAGCAUCGACGCCAGACUCGUUCCUCAUGUGGUGAUGGAGAAUAUCACCACAAUGGACCAAAUGAUGGAAUCCCACGUUUGUACUUACACAACUCACAGAGCCACCAUACAUCCCUGCCUCACCCCCAGCUGUUAAAGGAUGGCCUUAGUCCAGCCCCACAGUAUAACGACUACGGACGAUACGGUGGAAGUCCAACUAAUCCAAGAGGUAGACCAGAAAAAAUUGCUAAAAGUCUACCGUUCUUAUAUGAUUUUGCUCUCAGUGGAAAAACAUAUGCUCAGAAAGAUUCGUCAAAUCGGAAAGAAUCCUGGCAUAGUGCUAAGGGAUCUGGACAAUCUCAACAAUAUGGAAAUGAAUUAUCCAACAGAAGCUGGUUUCCAAGUGAAUCAGAUAUUGCAGAGUACUGCACUGCACAUGAAGACACACUAAUGAAUUGUACUGAGAGCACAGUUUUUGAACAAGGCCCGAACACCUCCCAGGGUAAACCAUUCAGUCAUGGGAUCCACAGUGUCAGUCAAACACCAGUCAAGCCGCCAAGUAGACAUCAUGUAGGGACACCACAGACUGUCAAAGUCCAGAACUUCUCCGUGAGUCGUGUAUAUACUGAGGAUGAUACUGGUAGUAAAAAGUCUUUAUUUACAUCCAUGUAUAAUAAGAAACAAUCUCUGUUGAGCAUCGAGUGUGAUUCUGAAAUGAAUGUGGCAGCUCAGGAUUGUGAUGGUCACAACAAUUCCUCAAACAGACAGAUGGACUCCAUUGACACAUCACAGUCUCUCCUAGUAGACAACGGUGGCAAUCGUCCACGCCUUGUUGCGGAUUAUGAAAAUACUACUUUUGAGACUUCCAUGGUAGAAGUUGUACCUAGACUUAGUCUUCCACUCCAGGAAAAUAUCAGCGACAUUCAAGUCAAUGAAAACAAAAUGGCUGCUGCACUGGUAGACCCUAACAAUAACCUGAAGGGGAAAAUGUCUUUAGUUUUACAGAAAGAAGAGCAGCAACUAACAUGUGGUGAUGUUUUCGUUCUUGAGGAAGGAGAGAGUAUGGUGUGACCUUGAGGAAGGAGAGAGUAUGAUGUGACCUUGAGGAGGUGGUCAGUACAACAUGACUUGUGAAAGGAGAGAGUAUAGUGUGACCUUGAGGAAGGAGAGAGUAUGGUGUGACCUUGAGGAAGGAGAGAGUAUGAUGUGACCUUGAGGAAGGAGAGAGUAUGGUGUGACCUUGAGGAAGGAGAGAGUAUGGUGUGCCCUUGAUAGGAGGUGGUCAGUACAACAGGACUUGUGAAAGGAGAUAUUAUGGUGUGACCUUGAGGAGGUGAAGGUCAGUACAACAUGACUUUAGGAAGGAGAGAUUAUGGCGUGACCUUGAGGAAGGAGAUAUUAUGGUGUGACCUUGAGGAAGGAGGGAGUAUGACGUGAUCUUGAGAAAAGUGAGAAUAUGGUGUGACCUGGAGAAGAUAUUACAGUGUGACCUUGAGGAAGAAGAGAGUCUGGUGUGACCUUGAGGAAGGUGAGAGCAUGGUGUGACCUUGAGGGAAAAGAGAGUAUGGUGUGAUCUUGAGCAAGGCGAUUACUGUGUGACCUUGAGAAAGAAGAGAGUAUGGUUUGAACUUGUUGAAAGAGAAAGUAUGGUGUGACCUUGAGAGAGUAUGGUGUGAGGUGAAGGUUAUUUCAACAUAUUCUUUAUAAAGGAGAGAGUCAGAUGUAUUAUUUAGGGGAAAUGACUGAUUUGACAAGCAGAAUGAGGCUAUCUUGUGUAACUUUGGGGAUGUAGAACAGCAGGUAUGACCUUAGCGUAUGAAAAGUAAAAUGUUGUGUUGAAGCAUUGUGGCCCAAGGUCAAUCUGGUACUGGCUAGAUCAUAAUCUCUAGAUGUAGAAAAUGCAGGGUCCACACUGUACUGACAAAAACAUGAUAUCUAGGGUAGAAAAUGCAGGGUCCUCACUGUACUGACAAAAACAUGAUAUUUAGGGUAGAAAAUGCAGGGUCCACCCUGUACUGAUAAAAACAUGAUAUCUAGGGUAGAAAAUGCAGGGUCCUCACUGUACUGACAAAAACAUGAUAUCUAGGGUAGAAAAUGCAGGGUCCACACUGUACUGACAAAAACACGAUAUCUAGGGUAGAAAAUGCAGGGUCCACACUGUACUGACAAAAACAUGAUAUCUAGGGGUAGAAAAUGCAGGGUCCACACUGUACUGACAAAAACAUGAUAUCUAGAUGUAGAAAAUUCAGGGUCCACACUGUACUGACAAAACCAUGAUAUCUAGGGUAGAAAAUGCAGGGUCCACACUGUACUGACAAAACCAUGAUAUCUAGGGUAGAAAGUGCAGGGUCCACACUGUACUGACAAAAACAUGAUAUCUAGGGUAGAAAAUGCAGGGUCCUCACUGUACUGACAAAAACAUGAUAUCUAGGGUAGAAAAUACAGGGUCCUCACUGUACUGACAAAAACAUGAUAUCUAGGGUAGAAAAUGCAGGGUCCACACUGUACUGACAAAACCAUGAUAUCUAGGGUAGAAAAUACAGGGUCCACACUGUACUGACAAAAACAUGAUAUUUAGGGUAGAAAAUGCAGGGUCCACCCUGUACUGAUAAAAACAUGAUAUCUAGGGUAGAAAAUGCAGGGUCCUCACUGUACUGACAAAAACAUGAUAUCUAGGGUAGAAAAUCCAGGGUCCACACUGUACUGACAAAAACAUGAUAUCUAGGGUAGAAAAUGCAGGGUCCUCACUGUACUGACAAAACCAUGAUAUUUAGGGUAGAAAAUGUAGGGUCCACCAUGAACAAUCUCUAGAUGUAGAAAAUUCGGGGACCACCCUGAACUGACCAGGUCAUGAUUAAAAAUGGAAUUUAAGAUACAAAAAAAAAAAAGUAGUUUGGAAGCUAAAAUAAUUGAAUGUUUAAACGUAUCAUAGAAUGUCAUCUAUAUAUCUAUAAUUGUGAUAACUAAUCAUAGAAAAUGGUCUAUAUAUCUAUAAUUGUGAUAAAUAUACUAAUUGUGUAUAAACCAUUUUAUUUUACCUUUAAAAACCCUUUUGCACACAAUCGAUUUGAUCAAUGUUGGUGAAGCAAUUAAAUAGGUGAUAAUUAUUGUGAUCCUGAAGAUUGAAAGUGAGACAUGCCUUGAGAAGUGUAACCCAAUCAAGACCAGGUGAAGAGGAGAGUAAGGCUUUGUAGUAAAAAUUACAGUGUGACCGACCUUAAGGGGAAGAAAUAGGAUCUGACCUUUGAUGACAUUCAGCUUUGAAAGAUUUUAUUGCAAUCAGAAGAUAAAGCUGCAAUGACUUUGAAUGAAAAGUAUGAUGUGAUCUUGUGGACAAGAUGUUGUAAUAUUGAGGAGGUGAAGUGCUAGUUGUGACCUUGAGGAGAGUAUGAUGUGACCUUGAGGAGGGUAUGGUGUGACCUUUCUGUUGUGACCUUGAGAAGGUGAAGGGCAUGUUGUGACUGUGAGGAGGUGAAGGGCAUGUUGUGACUGUGAGGAGGUGAAGGGCAUGUUGUGAUCUGGAUGAGGUGAAGGGCAUGUUGUGACCUUGAGAAGGUGAAGGGCAUGUUGUGACCUUGAGAAGGUGAAGGGCAUGCUGUGACCGUGAGGUGAAGGGCAUGUUGUGAUCUGGAUGAGGUAAAGGGCAUGUUGUGAUCUGGAUGAGGUGAAGGGCAUGUUGUGGUCUUGAGGUGAAGGUAAUGUUAUGAGGUGAAGAGCAUGUUGUGAUCUUAAGGUGAGGGGGAUGUUGUGACCUUGAGAAAGGUAGGAUGUGAUCUUGUGAAGGAUGUACAUUCCUGAUGAGGAGAGUGUAAUAGAGGAAUAUUUGCAUUGAAUUGUCAGAAUAGAACUGGAAUGAAAUUAAAAUGUAGGU